CCGAGAAACCAAGAACCCAUCGUCCCCACCUCCACCGCGCAGCGCCCACCGCCUCUGCUCUAGAGUGGUCCAGCGCCGUCGACAGAUGGAGCAGUUCCAGGACGGCCACCACGUGCGGCUGCGGAGCCGCGAGCACGGCAUGUACCUGCACGCCGACAAGGACGGCCGUGGCGUCUCCCUCCGCCGGCCCCGGGCGUCGAUGAACGCGGCGUGGGCGGUGCACUUGUUCCAAGGCGAUGACGACGCCCAGUACGUGCUCCUCCACAGCGCCGCCUACGGCGGCUACCUGACGGCCAUGGACGCACCGGCGCCGCUAGGCCACUGCGGGCGCCGCGUCGAGCAGCGCGACUACGAGGAACGGGAGGAGGAGGACGUCAGGUGGCAGCCCGUCAGGUUCGGGCCCGGGGACUACAUCCUGCUCCGCCACGCCAGCGGCCGCUUCCUCCGCGCCAACGGGAAGUACCUCCCCUGGAACAAGGGCGCCAGCGUCGACGACUUCGACACCGUCAGCACGAUGACGCACUGGGUCGUGGAGCGCAUCCCCGCCAGGGAGGGCAUGCCUGAGUCACCUGGGAGCAAUUCAUGGUUCUGUUCUUGGCAUUUUGCAAAAUUUGCGUUUCUUGGGAGCAGUUCUUGGUUGUCAUCCCUGUUUCUUCCAUCUCUGUUCGCAACUUAG